AUGGCGUUCAGGCGGCACUUCUCUCGCGUCGGCUCCGCCGAGCGCUGCACAGAGACCAUCUUCACUGACCACCAACGACAGGUGUGCGACUACGCGCUCGUCUACGCGGAGAAGAAGAACGACGGCGAAGCGCCGUACUCGGUCUCCUUCACCGCGACGCAGAGCGGCGACGUCAUCGUACAGCUGCACCCGCACUCGCAGCUCGAGCGCGCUGGCCGCGGUGCCAGGGGCCGUGCCGAUGCUGGACCCCGUCUCGUUGACAAGAACGCGCUGUCCGCGCGCGGCAGCGGGCCCUCGCGCCAGUCGCGCUCGCCGUCGCCCGACUCUCCGCCCGCCAAGCGGGCCGCCUCCGCUGACUCGUCCGGCUAUGAAACCGAUACGCCGGACGAGGUGCAGCAGGAGGCGGUCCGCAGGGUAUGCGGCGCGCUCGGCAUGAGGGAGCAGUUCGAGGCGGCGAUGGCGGCGGGCGAGCUGCUCGAGAUGCUCGAGAGCUUGCCGCGAGGGGCGGUCGAGGCCUCCGUUCGGCUGAUGCGCGGUUACAACCGCACGGGCGAGUGGCCAGAGCCCAUCCUCACCAGCCCUACCCCGCAGCGCGGCCGCUCGCCAAGCCCCGUCGAUGAGUGGUCAGAUGGUUAG